CAUUAAGUUUAGUCACGUGCUACACCUUUUCAUAACAAACAUUCCUAGUCAAAAGAAUUAAAAAUGCAGUACAGAUUCAGUGUUAAGCAACCAUAGAUAUUAACAUCAUUAUUGCAAAGUUACUAUUUUUAAAUCAUGACAUGAUAUACAUUUAAGGAACAAUUGCAAAUUAUUAGUAACUUACAGUACGAUAAUAAAUGUGAACCACUAUUAUCCGAACAAUCCAUUUGUAAAAUAGUGUUAUUCAGAAAAGAUACUGACGUUUUUACCGGAUUUACACGUAGAUUUGAUUGUUAAUCCAUAUUAUUUGAGCCACGAAAAACGAUUAUCAACAAUGGGAGCUUCAUGUUGUAAAGGAGAGGAUAAAAGUUCCGCAAGCACUGAACCAAAAAUCUGCAACAAAUGUAAAGAACAAAUCAAAGGAGGAGUACUAACAGCUUUAGAAAAGACAUGGCAUCCUGAUCAUUUUUGCUGUAAUGAAUGUAAAAAUCCAAUUACGGAAAACACAUUCAAAACUAAAGAAGAUUUGCCUUAUUGUACGCCUUGCCAUACUAAGCUUUUCGCGCCUAUAUGCAAAGCAUGUGCCCAGCCCAUUACAGAUAAAUGCGUUCAAGCUAUGGGAGUCAACUGGCACGAAGAUCACUUCGUCUGCGAAGAUUGUAAAACCAAGUUGAUUGGCCAACAAUUUAUGGAUGUAGCAGGUAUUCCCCGUUGUCAGAAAUGUUAUGUUGCUAAACAUGCAGACAGAUGCAAAGGCUGCUCUAAACCCAUUCCAGACAAGGCAAUUGUGGCUUUAGACGCUAAAUGGCAUCAAAUGUGCUUUAGAUGUUCAAAAUGCUCGAAGCCGAUCAUGAAAGACCAGUCAUUCCAAGUAGAAGCCGGAAAACCUCACUGUGUCAAAUGUUGAACUUAUCAGCUUAAAUUGGAGGUCAUGUUAUUAUUGUUAAUUAAUUAGUUAAAUGUAGCAUGAUCCUUAUUUUCCAUUUAAACACACCCGCAAAACUUAUAUUUAACACAAAGAACUUCUUAUAUAUAAAUGUUCUUAUUAUUAUAUACUAUUUUUAUUUAAUAAAAUUUGACAUGCUUUUUAUGAUGUUGAAAUAAACUUUUUUCGCUAUGGAA